AUGAGUUUGAUUCCUAAUUCAAAUCCUAAACCUAAACCUAAACAAACUAUGUUUUGCCUAAAAUGGCCAUGGAAUGAAGAAAACCCUAACUCUAGCCCUAGUCCCUGCAAGUUUGAGGGUCCUUGGCCAUUGAAGUCUCUCCAAAACCUUGGUUUGAUCGCUUUCAAUUUUGCCAGCUCUGUUUCAACUCGGAUGAAGAAAACGAAUCUGGCACAGUCGGAGGCAGAGCAAAGAGCGUUUGCUUCGGCUCUGGCGAGUGGGAAGGAGGCGACUUUGGUGGAGUUCUACUCGCCCAAGUGCAGGCUCUGCAACUCCUUACUCAAUUUUGUUUCCGAAGUCGAAACCAGGAACUCUCACUGGCUCAAUAUUGUCAUGGCCGACGCUGAGAAUCCCAAUUGGCUACCUGAGCUCCUUAAUUAUGAUGUUAGCUAUGUUCCUUGUUUUGUGCUUCUUGACAACAAUGGCAAGGCCCUGGCAAAGACAGGUGUUCCGAGUAGUCGUUUACAUGUUAUUGCAGGACUCUCCCAUCUUCUCAAAAUGAAGCGCCCCCUCAACCAAAAUGAAAAUGACGGAUGA